AUGGUUUUAUUUCAUCUGAGUAAAACACUUCAGUCUCCCAUGUACUUCUUCAUCACCCAACUAUCAUUGUUUGAUAUAAUUCUGACCACAGAUAUUCUUCCCAAUCUUCUUUAUAUCAUCUUACAUGAUGGAUGUACCAUGUCUCUUGCUGAAUGUAUCAUCCAGUUCUCCUUCUUUGCAAAUGCUGAGGUCUCAGAGUGUUUUUUACUUACCUUGAUGUCCUAUGACCGGAUUUUCCAAGAUAUGACUAAUAUAUCUUAUGUUUUCCUUCUUGGAUUUCCAAAUAUCCAUGGCUAUAGUAUUCUACUUUUUGCAUUCUUGCUUGUGUUCUAUUGUUUUACCAUAUGUGGUAAUUGUAUUAUUAUUAUUUUAGUUUCCAUAAGCAAAAAUCUUCAUUUACCAAUGUAUUUCUUCAUUACACAAGUGUCCCUGCUGGACAUUCUUAUGAGUAGCGAUAUUGUUCCUAACCUUCUUUACAUUGUACUUAAUGAAGGCGGCACCAUGAACUUGGUUGCCUGCAUAUCACAGUUUUAUGUGUUUGCUAACUCAGAGUCUGCAGAGUGUCUCAUUUUGACAAUAAUGUCUUAUGACCGGUAUGUGGCUGUAUGUAACCCUCUGCGAUAUCACUCCAUCAUUAAUAAAAGCUUCUGCCUUGUGUCUGUCCUCGCAGCUUGGAUCUCGAGUUUUCUCAUGGUGGGGAUGAAUGCAGCAACAACCUUUAAAUUAGAAUUCUGUGGCUCGAACAUUGUAGACCACUUCUUCUGUGAUUUUACCCCGAUUCUUGAUAUUUCUUGUUCAGAUAUUUCAGUGCUUCAAAGUCAGACUAUCCUAAUUUGUAUAAUUGUGAUCAUCUGCCCAUUUAUACUGAUCACAAUUUCUUAUUUUUGUAUUAUCAGCGCCAUUCUAAAAAUUCAGUCUAACACGGGGCGACAGAAAGCCUUCUCUACCUGUAGCUCUCACUUGACAGUUGUAUGCAUAUUUUUUGGGACUUUGUUUUUUGUUUAUAUGGUUCCAACUAAAGGUGACUUAUUGGCUACAAGUAAGAUAUUAUCCCUGCUUUACACUAUAGUUAUUCCACUGCUUAAUCCAUUCAUAUAUAGUUUGCGGAACCAAGACUUCAAGAAAGCCUUUGACGUAUUAUAA